AUGGAAUUCACCAACAUUUCAUAUAUGAAUCCCAAGACAGUUAUCCUGAUUGGAAUCCCUGGACUAGAACAUGUGCAGUUUUGGAUUGGGUUUCCUUUCUUUUGUGUGUGCCUAGUGGCUCUGCUGGGGAACAUCUUCUUGCUAAUCAUCAUCCCUGCAGAACGUAGUCUGCACCAACCUAUGUAUAUCUUACUGGCAGUACUUGCAGCCACUGACCUAGGUCUCUGUGUAGCCAUUGCUCCCAAGAUGUUGGCCAUCUUCUGGUUUGAAUCUUGCUCCAUGGCCUUUGAUGCAUGCCUUGUCCAACUCUUCUUCAUUCAUGCCUUGCAGGGAAUGGAAUCUGGCAUUCUGUUGGCCAUGGCCUUUGACCGCUAUGUUGCUAUCUGUGAUCCUCUGAGAUACAGAUCUAUCCUUACACCUUUCAUUCUGGUAUGGAUGGUGCUAGUGGUGGCAAUACGGACAACAGUGCUCAUUGGCAUUCUACCCAUUCUACUCAAACAACUGCAACUUUUCCACUCUGUGGUUAUUGUUCAUGCUUACUGUGAGCAUAUGGCUGUAGUCAAGCUGGCUGCACGAGAUGUCCAUAUUAACAAAUCAUAUGGUCUCUUCGUGGCUUUUGCAAUUCUAGGUUUUGACAUGAUACUUGUCUUCACCUCCUACAUUCUGAUUUUCCAGGCUGUCUUUAAUCUUCCCCAGAAGGAGGCACGGCUGAAAGCAUUCAACACGUGUAGUGCUCAUAUUUUUGUCUUCUUGGAGUUUUAUAUCCUUGCCUUUUUUUCCUUCUUCAGCCACCGUUUUGGUCAUGUGUUACCCUAUGCCCACAUCCUCUUGUCUACCAUCUAUCUGCUUCUGCCUCCUGCCCUUAACCCCAUUGUCUAUGGUCUAAAUACCAAGGAGAUCCGCAGGCAGGUAACUCAGAUUUUUAUUCUGAAGUUUCACACCCAGAAGUGA